AUGAAGCAUUCAAAAGAUGAAAGUUGUCACGAAAACAUAACUUUUCCGUUCGAUUCUGGUGAUCCAAUUCUCCACGUAAAGAUUCUGUCAGUUCAUGGUGAUGCUUACUUGCAUGUGGCUAAGCAGCAAAUGACACAUGAGGAUCGUUGGGAUCGUUUUUUUCAUUUAAAAAAUCUUUUAGCUAAUGAUAAAAGAACCAAAGAGUUGGUAACAUACAUGAGGUUGAAAAAAUAUUUCAAUGAAAGUGAUCAUGAUUAUGGUAAGACAACCCUACAGUUGACCCAACAAAUCGUUGCUACACCCCCUCUCUGCCUGGAUUUCUACACUGGGUUUUUAUCAUCGGAGCAGCCCAUCCCGGCCAGUCUGCUCUGUUUCCUCUCUCUAAGGGCCGGAAUCGAGUCAAAUCCAGACCCCAAAAUCUGGAUGUGCCUUGCCUGCAACAUGAAAAGACCCAAUUUUCAGUCUUUGAAAAUUGUGCGACCAACAUUAACGGUUAUUACCUCUAUAAUAACUGCCCUCACCGUCCUCGAAUUCGAUUGGUUCUACGGUGCCGGAUAUAGUUCAUCAGCGGCCAUCAACCACGAAAAAAGUCGCUCACAGCGAUCAAGCUACAACCCGACCAAGCAGUCUCAGAGAGCCAAGCCAUCACAAUCAGGGCCAACGACACAAGUAUUAACAUUCAAUUUCUCAAUACUACAAUUUCUGACCAUUCCGAACCUGGUUCUGCUGAGGGACGUGAAUGCCCACGACGAACUCUGGCUGGCACUCAAGUUUAGAAAAUUUCCAAAAAGGGGAUCUGGUGUGGAGAGAUUGCCCGAAGAUGUAAUCAAUCUUUAUGAAAAAGCUAUUCAGUUCUAUUCCUCUGCAUACGAGAUUUCAAAAAAUUAUAAAAAAUAUAUAUAUUCUUUCAAAAAAAACAAAACAAAUGAUAGUGACGAAGCUGGUCAUAUUGGUGACGAUGAUGACGAAGUGAAUAGUGCUUGCAAAAAAUCCCUGACCAAAUUGGCCAAUGUGCAUAAUGAAAUGGCAACUUAUUAUAACAAGCAGCUGAUUAAGCCUGGUAUAAAAUUUUUCAAAUUUUCAGUUUAG